AGCAGCAGCGGUAACCCUGACACUACUACCCUUGCUGCUACCGUCUCGCUUGCUCCUCUCAGUGUUUUGUGGAGAAGCACUUGGCUCAAACGCAUGUUGUUGUUGUGGCGAGAGUGUAGCGAGAGAGGUGAGUGGUCAAACCUAUUAUUACUACCACCACCACCACCACCACCAUCACCAUCACCAUCAACAGCAGGCCUUGCACCACUGGAACUACUACAACCAGUACUACAGCAGCGGCGGCGGUUUGCUCCUGUGCUUCAGUUAGGAUCGGGACUUUUCGCAGAAGCAUGGGCGAAGACGUAACGUUGGCGGUCGGUUUGAGUAAACCAGGCGACGAUGGGGACAGUAGCCACCACAACCACCACCAACAGCAACAACACUGUAAUAAUAAUAAUGAGCAGCAGCAACCACAACAACAACCACAACAGCAGCAGAAAGCACAACAACAGCAGCACAACCACUACCACCAGCCUGUACAACACCGAAAACGAAUCACGGAGCGCAACCCACGGAUUCCCUUUAUGCGAAGGAUGUUCAAACCCUCUUCUACUCCCACAACAACAACAACAGCAGCAGCAGCAGCAGCAGAAACAACAACAACAGCAAUAACAUUAUUAUCCUUAUCAACAUCAUCCGCAUCAUCAUCAUCAGCAUCAUCAAAAUCAUCAUUCACAACAAAAACAACUGCUACAACUACUACAACAACUACUGCUGCUGCUGCUGCUGCUGCUAUUAACACUACUACUACAACCAACACUACUACAACAACAACAAACAAGGCAGCAGAUUUUAAUGAAGUUAAAAAAACCAUCAGCAACGUGUUUACAAAGUCGACGUUGGGCACGGGGGAUUCGAUCGCGAAUCUGAAACUCACCCCAAUAGCAACAUGUCGAUCGGUCAGUCUGCCGGACAUUAUAGACAGUGCGACCAUUAAGACAUCACCGGUGCUCCGGUUCCAGCCGGGAAAUAAGGAGGGCGAGAAAUGGCAACAGCGGAAGGAAAGGAUAGAAUCGGCUCUUGCCUGGGUCCGAUCCGAACUGAACUUUAUUCGUGCUCAAGACAAGGCGCUGCUCUCCCAACUCCAGCAAUGCCAAGAGAACAUAGAAUGGCUGAAAAGUCAAAGGCAGCAGGCUGCCGAACAACACGAGCUUCAAAGUCUUACAGAUGACGAUUCGUACUGGGAAGAUUGGGAGAUUUCUGAAUUUGAACGGGAGGAGAAGCUGGGUUUGCAGUCAUUUAAUUCGAAACGGUUUGCAUACAGUAACCCUGAACUGAACCAGUCCUUGCUGGCCACCUACACAGCUAAAAACACCACUCUCAAGAAUGACAUUGAAAUCCAGCUACAACAACCACAGUAGCAGCAACAAGAACAAUACCACCACCAACAACAACAACAACAGCAACAACAACAACAGCAACAACAACAACAACAACAACAACAACAAUUAUAAGAUCAACCAAAAGGCUUCUCUGAAAAUACCACUUCGAGAUUUGCCAGUGAGUUCCUUGUGUUUAGGUUGUGAAGUUGGUUAAACGUCUGAUAUAUCUGGCGUUGAAAAUUGCUCCGACUAGUGUUUAGGUUCCCGAGACACUGGAGAAAAAUCUUGUAUAUCUGGUGUUUAAGUUGCUGUCACGUUGGAUAAAUAUAUCCAGUGUUUAGUUAACUGUAGCAAUGGUUAAACAUCUCAUAUACUUGGUGUUUAGACUGCUGUGACAAUUGGUCAUACAUCUGUCAUAUUUGGUGUUUAAAUUGCUGUAACGUUAGUUAAACAUAUGAGAUACUUGGUUUUUAGGUUGUUGUAACAUUCGCUAAACACCUGUGUACUGUGACAUUAAACACCAAAUACGUUUGGUGUUUAGGUUGUGAUACUGUUUAAGAAUUCGUUGAGGCUGGUGAAGCAUCUGACAUUUUGAUGUUAGAUAUAUGAGAUCUCAAUUAAACGUGUGCCUUAUUUGGUGUUUAGGCUGUAUCAUUAUUUAAGCAUAUUUUGAAGUGUGGUGUGAAUAUUGUGAUAUUGAUAUAACACCUGAUAUAUCUGGUAUUUAACUAAGUAUUAUAAUGUUUAAUAUGAAUUAGACACCUGUCAAGCUUGGGUUAUUUAAUGUAAAAUUCACUGAACACAUGCUUUAUCAGGUGUUUAAGUUGUGACAGUAUGGAAGCAUCUAACGUUUAGUAGUUAGAUGUUUAUGAGAUUGGAAAACGUGACUGGUUUGGUGUUUAGGCUCACAUUAACAUUGCUUAAACAUUAACAUAAUUCGGACAAGUUUGCUGGUGAAGUAACUGGUAUUGGUCAAACUUAUUCUAGAUUCUGGCUUCGGUCACUGUGACACUCAUUAAACAUAUUCCAAGCCUUAUGUUUACGUUGCUGGGAAUUCGGCUAAACACAUUCCUGGCUUGGUGUUUAGGCUGCUGUGAUUUUUCAGAUAUACUAAGAGUAGUGUUUAGCAUGAUGUGACCCUAGCUAAAACACAGUCUAGGCCGUGUUUUUAGGUUGUUGUGAACUUGGCUAAACACAUUCCCAGGUUUGGUGUUUACGUUGUUGUGACUUUGGGUAAACACUCACAAAACCUAGUGUUUAGUUUGCUGUGGCAUGAGCUAAACAUGUUUCAGGUCUGGCGUUUAGGUUGCUGUGAACUUGGCGAAACAUAUUUCAGGCUUGAUGUUCUUGUUGGCAUGACAUUGCGUAGAUAUAUUGCAAGCCUAGUGUUUAGGUUAAUGUGUCACUAGCUAAACGUAUUCCAGGCCUAGCGUUUAGAUUGCUGUGACACUGAAUAAACUGUGCCAAAUCUGAUGUUUAGAUUGCUGUGAAUUUAGCUAAACCUUACUCAGGCCUGUAGUUUCGGUCACUGUGACAUUCGCUAAACGUGUUCCCAGGCCAAAUCCAUGUUUAGGUCACUUUGACAUUCGUUAAACACCUGGGAUGUUUGGUGUUUAGGUUGCUGUGAAUUGCCCCACCAAAAUCUAUCUCUGUUCAUUUCUCCUUGUUAUUGGUUAUCCCACCACCCUCUCUCCCUCUUUCUUCUUUUGUUUCUUUGUUCCUUCCCGUCUUCCGUCUUCUGAUAUACUAAAUCAAUAAAUAAAUCGAUUAAUCGAUCAGUCAGCUAGCCGAAUAUAGAGAAUGAUGUGCUGCUGAGUAAAAAUAAUUUUUUUUAAAAAUGAAAGGAAAUAAAAAAAAAAUAGUUCCCGAGCAGAGAUUUGAACCCUGGCUCUUCCUCCCCACCUAAGACAUAAUCUCCAUCUACUGUUUUGUUGGAUGAUUUAUGUUUGUUAUAUUGUUUCUUUGUAGUUUCAGUUUCCUUGACAACGUGAUCAGGUGCUGAAAUACACCAAGAAAGAAAUAAAAAAAAAA